AGGAACGAUGGGACGGAUGAGUCAAAUCUAAACUACAUCCUCUAGGUAAAGAAUGACAGUCUGUUAAGGGCUUGGCUGCUAAGGAACAUCGAAACAGAGGUACUGAUUUCUCUAGAAAAUAUAAUCUCAGCUCACAAGGUAUGGAAAUCUAUUAAAGAACAAAUUCUUCCUAAUAAUGUAGAAAAAGAAAUGAUGCUUGAUGACCUUAAAAAAGGGAAGUCUCUCUCUAGAUGAAUAUCUUAAGAAAUUCAAAAGUGUUUGUGAUAGUCUUGCAGCAAUCAAGAAACCAAUAAAUGAAACAAAGAAGGUGUCUCAGUUGGCUAGAGGUCUCGGACCGAAAUACCAGGACUUUCGAACUGCUAUGCUAACCAAACCACCUUAUCCUACUUAUCAUCAGUUUGUGUUAUCCUUGCAAGCUUAUGAACGAAUGCUUAAUAGUAAUACCGAGGAACAAGAAAUCACACCGCGCCAUGACCAAGCCUUUGUUGGCCAAAGAGAACGAGGACGGGGUCGAGGCGGAGGCAGAUUCAGUUCUCGAGGCAGAGGAUUCAAUCCAGCAGCAAGAUAUAGCUCAAACUCUCACCAAAACUCCAACUUCAAUGGAAAUAAAAAUAACCAGAGAGCAAAAAACUCCAACUGGAAACAAACCCCACAAGGAGAAAGCAUCACAACAUGCCAAAUAUGUGGAAAGUUCAAUCAUAUUGCCCUUAAGUGUUGGAACCGAUUCGACCAUUCAUUUCAACCAGAGGAUCACCUACCAAAGGCACUUGCUGCAAUGAGUCUGAAAAAUGGAGAUGAUCCAAAUCUAUAUGUAGACUCCGGAGCAACAACACACAUGCUAAAUGACACAGGAGGGCAAAAUACUUGCUAA